GGUCGCCUGAGUAAGGCAGGCAAGAUGUCGUUCCUAAAUCGACUGACGAGACCGAAUGCGAAUAAUACAUCACCCGGCGUAGCAACGAUUGCCUUGCCAUCGCCUGCGAUCAACUCGAGCAGAGGCAAAUCACCCUCGUCAUACUUCAACGGAGGCAGUCAGUACGGCGCCAAUGAAGUUGGGGCUGGCCAAGUCAGCGGGACCAUCAACACGGCCACCGGCGCAAUGACCAACGAACGGCCAUUGUACCUUUGUCAACCCUUCGUCAAAGCAGCGCUGGUCAAGGGAUCUCUGAGAACGAUCACAGCGCUGCCCAAAUACGUUGAUCCAAAUGAGUGGGUAGCAGUCAAUAUCGUCGAUUUCUUCAAUCACAUCAAUCUGUUCCUUGGCAUCAUCUCGGAGCAUUGCACACGCGACAGGUGUCCCACCAUGUCUGCAGGGCCUGGCAUGGCGAGUCUCAAUAGUGACUAUACAUGGACCUCAGGACCUAACAAGAAACAGCUCAAGGUGCCCGCACCAGAGUAUACGGACUAUGUCCUCACGUGGACAGAGAAGCUGAUCGGCGACGAGAGCGUCUUUCCGACGAAAGCAGGGCGGGAGUUCUCGCCCAAUUUUCCGACAACAGCGAGACAUGUCUAUACUCAGCUGCUCAGGAUAUUUGCGCACAUCUACCACGCGCAUUUUCACCAGAUCCUGCAUCUCUCCCUAGAAGCUCAUCUAAACUCCUUCUUUGCGCAUUUCCUCGUCUUUGGACUUACCUUCGAGCUGCUUGAUCCCAAAGAAUGCCGUGCACCGCGAGAGGGAUGGGGUUUCGUCGUUGGCGAUCUACUGGAUGCCUGGCGCGCCCUCGGUAUCAUCGAAGCUUGA